UAAACUUCGAAAACUAAACCGUAUCGUGUUGGUAAUUACUGCAAGCGAUACACGGGGUGUAGAAAUGACUUAACUGCUGUCUUAUUAAAGCCAGUGACCAAUCAGGAGCGCUUGUGCCGUGCUCGUAAUGGCAACAUCUCUCAGAUGAUGACAACUAAUUGUGUCUUGGUCAUUUAGGGUUUGGAGCUGAUUUGAUGUUGAAUUGAUUAGGCUUAAUUCCCUGUCAGAUGAUGAAUGUUUUGAAUAACGUACACUGUUACCCGAGUUGUUUUAACAAACAACGACCCCUGGCUAAUUCGGACUCAGUGUCACAAAGGCUAACAACGCAACCACACUAAGGGACGGCUCUGCCGAAAUUUCCGUCGCCGAGUAAAAUGGACAACACGAACCCAAACAACAGUGAGUUCAAAUAUUUUAUGCGCGGUUGAAUUAGAACGUGUUCAAUGCUCCGACAACGCGCAAGCGAGCUUUCGAAAACGCAAAUUAAAAUUGUAUCCUCGUGUAGAGUACGACUAGAGUGCAGGAAAGCGAGUGUGAAAUACGGCGCUGGUCAAAAUUUUUCUUCGUGUCAAUAACAUCGUGUUUAUAUUCUUCGUUUCAGAUCGUUGCCUUCAGGGUGGAAUAAGAAGUUGUGGGGGAUGCGGAGAAAAAAUUUUGGAUCGAUUUCUUUUGCUCGCCUUGGAUCAGUACUGGCAUGUAAACUGCCUGAAAUGUUCGUGCUGCAACGUGAGUUUGGGAGAUGUGGGAUCGUCUUGUUAUGCCAAAGGCGGAAUGAUCUUGUGUAAAAACGACUACGUAAAGUAAGCGAAUUAUUUCUUUUAUUCAUUCUCGUUUCAAAUAGAAUUUGUAAUGUUAUUGCUUCAGCGACGCGGGUUAAGUUUGUUUAAGGGGUAUUUUUUUAUUUUGUGUGUGACAACCUCAUCAUGUAAUGAUCUAUUUUGUUCCUUUAAAUUUGCCGUGGAGAAGUUGUGUAUGAAACGACUGCUUUGAAGCCCAGCAAUAUUUAUGUCGCUGCUUUCCGCGUCGAAAGCCGCCGUCUAUUUGUCUCAGUUUUUCAUGCGCUAUACACUUUCCCUCGUGUUUUGAAAUUCUUUCUUAAGUGGCCUUUAUCUUCUAUUAUAUAUAUUUUUUUCUCUCCAUUAUUUCUUCCCUGUGUCACCGGUGGGAUUUUGCAUACAUUUUAGCCAAUGUAAUAUUUCGUCCAUUAUGAAAGUGCAAUUAAUAACGUAGAUUAUAAAGGCCAGAGAGAAUACCCGGUAUUAGUAGCUGCAGCUAACCCCAAAACUCAUUAGCGUGGUAAUAUUUCACCUUCGAAAGGCGAUUUAUUGCGUUUGUUUCCCUAAUUCGCAACGCCGUGGCAAAUUUGCUGAGAUCCUCCGAAAUGGGCGCACAAAAGGCAGCCUAUUUCAUUUGACGUGUAUUUUUUCAUUUUAAUAAACAAGAUUUUUAAUAUACCAUGCUCGGAAAGUUAACAUGUCUACUGUAUUAAAGGCGACAAACUGAAUGGCCCCGUGAAGAACAAUUUAUCGCUAUUCCAAAUAUUGGCUUUAUACGCUUUUAUCUCUAAUUACUUAGAACAUAUUAAAUCCUGAGUUAUCAGAUCCGCGCUGCGAUCUCAUUUGGCAUUUGCCCUUAUUGCUUUUCAGGUUGUAUGGCUCAAGCGGAGCAUGCGCCGUGUGCGCUAAGUUGAUUCCCGCCACCGAGUUUGUUAUGAAGGUUUUGGGAAAAGUUUACCACAUCGACUGCUUUAAUUGCACAACUUGUCAUAACCCACUAGUGGCCGGUGACCGGUUUCACGUUGUCAACGGGAGGCUGUUCUGUGAGAAUGACGACCCGAGACUACUAAAACAACAACUCCACGCACCAAAACAAACGGUGAGGUAACCUCUUUGAGCCCCCAAACGUCUGUCAAAAUAAGACUUCAAUAAAUUUCAUUCCUUGGAUAACACUUAUUUGGUUUUAAUAUCUGCGACCUUUUGCCUAAGCUAAUAUUAAGUCAUCAAUUUUUGACAUUUCAUUUGGCUAUUUUCGUGAAAGGAAACACGUUUUUAAUUUUCCACUGUAUUGUCGUAUUGCUUUUUACCGUGCUAUUCAGCCCCGAGUACACGGAUAUUCGAGCAAUAUAAACAUCACGCCGACCGCACUUGUGCGUGGAGAUUUAUUUUCUUCUCCGCUCAUAUAUCGAGUUCCUUCCCCGACUGGGAAAAGGAUACGGAGAAGACAAUUUACUCGUCAUUUUCGGAAGAGCAAUUUGCAUCCGUGAAUACAGCGCUCAGAUUAUGAUCUCUGUUUCACCCUGAGGCCGAGCGAUAAGACAAAGGAGGACACUUUUUAAUACGAAUUAAUUAAGACUUUAAAUUGGUUCUGCUGCCUUGCCGAUAAGAUAUGGCAAAAUAUUCAACAAAAAGCGUUGAUUAAUACAACUGUUAAAACAUCGCGAACAAUGGCCGGAAUUGCGCGAAGAAAACUCCAUCGAUUUCAUUUCACAUCUAAAUGGGCUUAAGUAAUUCUAUGCCCCUGCUCUCAGAAAACCUUCCUUGCACUUUAUGGCCACAGGAAAUAAUUAAUGGACAUUUUAAGAUCCUUUUCGCGGGCUGCUUUUAACCGAAAUUGGACUCCAACUCGCGUCAUAAAUAAUUUUAAGAAAACUGAUCACUCAUGAUUUUUCACAGUUCAAUCGACUGUCAAGCAAAUCUUGACGUUUCAACGUUAAAAGCUUUGUUUUACAUAUGGUGGUGUGACUGGUAUAACUGAGAGGGGAUUUUUUUUUAUUUCUAUUAAUGAAAAGAAGAAUCCCAAUUUUCUCUAUCUUAGAUAUGAAGUUUCAUUUUAGCUUGACUGCAUGUCGACAAAAGCGGCUUACAAAGUACGUGAAUAGUGUUUUUAUUCCUAAUUGGAAAAAGCAGAAUUAAUGAUUCGAAACGGAACCAUAGAGAAGAAAACAGUCAAUGAAGCUGAUUAAAAAAACUAAAAUUUACUAUAGUGUAAUUGAGUAAAAUGAAAGUGAAAGAAGUAAAUUAUCCUAGCUCAUAAGAACGCCGCCCUGUUAGAUGAAGUUUUUAUCCUUAUAGCCAGCGCUUAUCUCUUAUUAUAAAAUGAUGAAACCACAAAGUGAAAAUUGAGUUCCUUAUUUAUGAAAAACUUCUUUCUUCUACGAUAACGCACCUUUUGGUUCCCAACACAAAAUUAAAUUAAAAUUUUCUUUGUAAAAUGAGCAAAGUAUAAUGAUUUCCUGUUUAUUGCGCGGACCUCUUUGUAGUAAAUGUUUUAAUUUAAAAAUUUGUUGAAUAAGUCGAAUUUGGCUUUUGCGGUUCUGCGCAGAGGAAAAGAAAAAGUUUUUAAAUUAAUUCUUAGACUGAAGUCAAUUAUCGUACUUCUUUAGUCUUGUAGCCCUACAAAAAAAAUAUUUUCUCAUUUGUCAUUUAAAUACAAGUUUGAGUCCGCCAUUCUGGCGAAUAUUUAGUCUUAAAGUAUCAAAAUAUUGAAAAAAAAUUUUUAUACUCAUGUGUAUGGUCUUAGGCUUAAACAAAAAGGUUUCGAAGAAGUAACUCAAACAGUAGUCUUCGAAUGGAAAGCAUGACAACUUGUCGGGCAAAAUUUCUGCUAAAUCGUAACCUUCUAUCAAUAAUACCCAUUAAAUCUGAUCAGGAAAUCUGAAACAUUGGAGUAAGAAAUGAAUUCUUCUAGAUUUCUCUUUUUUCUAUUUUUAACUCACUUUUUAAUUGUAAUAGUUGCUCUAAGCGAUUUAAUGGCUAGUGUUGAUUGAUGUAGUCGUAAUUUCCUUACAUUUAUUUUUUAUACUAUUCUUUCUCAGGUAUGUUAAUGGAAAGCGACGGAUUCGCAUGUGAUUAGCUUCAAAAAAUGACAAAAUUAGAAGGUUUUUGUCUGGGCCUGGACGAGGGAUAGACGAGUCCUGUUCCCGUGAUAACUUUGAAGCCUCUAAUGGAAAAUUGAAAGUUCCCCCAGGCAGACACCCCAAAAGGGUCAUUUGAACACUACAAUAUAAAUGAAUCCUCCACGGUGGCUAAUUAGUGUAGUUUAUUUAGCUUUGGAUGUCGAAAUGGAAGUAGCAAAGCCAUUGCUGAACGAAAGGAUUAUUUCGUCUAAGUGGCCUUGGAAUAACAUGUGUUAAAUUUUGAAAGAAUGAAAAUUCAUUUGAAAAUGUUGUAGUUUAGCUCGGAAUCAUACAGCUUUGCAAAGAUAAACUGAAAGUAGAUUUGCAACGCAUCAGUUACGGAGACAAGGGUACGAACUAGAGGAGGAAAAAAUGAAAAAAAUUGCAAUCGUUCUUGAGAAUUUAUAUUUGGAAAGAAAAGAGGAAUCAUACCUAGAUAUUCUGAUUUCUAAUUUAAACAAAUUUAGUAUUGUACGUAGAAUAUAUUACUAAUGCUUGAACAAGAAAAAUAAUAAACAUUGUGAAAAUGCAUGGCCACAUACAAGUGUAGAUAAAUGGUAAAAUGUGUAAAGUUCUUUAAAUAAAAUUGUAACUCUAAAACCAUAUUCGUUAUGUUUAUUUAUAUAGGGACAAAGAAUCUAUGUUUUCGGAUUAAUAAAGCUGGGUUAAAUGGUGAAAAACAAUUUGCUCGUUUUCUAGGCAAAAGUAAUAUAAAAUAAAGCUCCGUCGAUUAAUCCAGGACGUGAGUACACAAAUUAAAAGUGUACAAAGUGUCGAGCUCGCAUGGUAAAAACAAAUAAAAGCAACUCAAUACAUCAGGCAGAAUUCUUUUUUGAUGGAUGUAGCCGCUUGAAAGUUUAAUUAAUUUUGCCCAGGGACAAAUGGCACACAAAAAGGAGUGUUGGUCUUGUUUUGUGUGGUCAUUAACGCCGUGCUAAUUAACUUUUGUAGUCGUGUUGACAUAAUGUAAAGCAGCAUGCAUUCUGGCUAAUAAUGUGUAAUAUCCCUCCCUGGUUGUGUCAAUAAAUAUUCGUAUCAACAGCCCAAAGCCUAAUUAGAUUUCACUUCACAAUCUGUGGUUUUUAGCAACCUUUAAUGAAACGGAACGAAGGUCUUGACGAAAAGCUAGCCAAAAUAUCUCGAAAACACGCUGAUCAAAACUUGUCUUGGUCAGCAAGAACUAAAUGCGACAACACUUUUAGAACGUGUCUGAGAAUGUAUCCGCUCGAUAGUUUUCAUAACUUCCAUAUGUAACAGUGGGGCUUCGCAGGGAUGAAACAACCAAUAAAGAAUUUCAUAAACUCGGCAAAGAGAACAAAGGAGUGUCUUAAGGAUAUUACGUAUCAUAAGAAGUUCACAGGCAGCUGAGCUCACACAGCCGCAAAUCUUUUCGCAGUUCUAAUCUUUCAUAACCUUUCCUCCGAACCCUGUUAACAAUGGAUUCAUUAGGAACACUAUGACUGCACAGUAAAUACUCUUAGCCGAAGUAUAAAAAGCUGUCAGGUUCCAUUCACACUUGAUGCUGAAAAGACUCGACAGUUUUCUCUUUCAUAAGCUCCAAAAAAACACACACCCUGGUAAAUGCACUCAUCCACUUCAUUUUGCCAUGGGAACUAACUCUUUUAAGUAAUGCUGAAAGUGAAUGCCUCUUAGGCUUCCAUUAUCAUUGUUAUCAAGUAUCGACUCCCUUUUCCUCAAAGUUCCAUUCCUCUUUACAGACUUAACAGGUCAGAAGAGCAAUUUCAAAUCAUGCACACUGUCAGAUUCGAAACCGUUCUCUCACAUUUGCGUCAAAGAAGUUUACAGAGUAUCUAUAAUUUGAAACAAUUUGAAACACUUCUUACAAAAAGGCAAAGGCAGUUAAAAUCAUUUUUAAGCCCUCAACACGGAGACACUCAAGCUACAAUGACGAAAAUGUUCCUCGAGUAGCAGUGGUGGGUUUAAAGCCACUCUCCAAAAUCUUUACACUGUGCAUCUCAAAGGUCACUCAAACUUGUCACCCAAUUACACAAGUGACAAUAAUUGAAGGCAACUCCUAACAAAAGAAACAGACCGUUUUACAAGCAUCACGUCCGGUUUUACUGUCGCAUAACAUAACUUUCGACCAAGAAAGAAUCUGAACAGAUUUGCUCGAAAACGGCUUCCGCUUGCAAAGACACGCCACGUUGGAAACGUGACCCAUUCCCUUCUUGUCCAAUGUAACAUAAUAUUGAGGUAACUUUUAUCGAAAGGAACAGUCCGGUCAACGGGUAUUCCACACGGUUUUACAAUCAUACCUCCCGAUUCUUGACCUAAAAACUGAGUGCUUGAACAGAUCUGGUCAAAAAUGGCUUCCACUUGUAUUUAAAGACAUAGCAUGUUGGGUACGUGAGCCAAAGUUGCUUUUAAUCCUAUGUUUAAUGUUUGUGGGUGCCAGACCACCGGCAGUGUUGUCAUCCCUUUCACUCCUGACACUUUGAAUUUCCAUCGAUUUUCCCUACACUGAUUCAGGCAUGAGAUUUUGGACUUGAUGGCACUUCCAGGCGGGGGCACGUCCUUUACGAGAUUCAUUAACCACUGUUAUCUAAGAAAGGCAUAGGUCUAUUAAAAAAAUGCUGUGACCUGAACGGUACUGAUAAUUCACCAUACUCGUCCGAAUUUUUUCUUGCGAGAGAAGUAUUCAUAUCUCAGUCUACAGCAUACCAGAGGUAAAAUUGGUGGAGAUGACAAUUUGUCUCUUAGGUUGUUUGUCACAAGCUGAUUGAAACCUCAUGAGUAUUGUUUGCUGAGGUAAAGAAAAAAAAAAGCGCUAAGUAGAACGAG